UUCUUGCUCUACAGUCCAUCACAGUCUACAGUUUGAUUAUUGAGUAUAUUAAUUAUUAUCAAUAUAAUAUAUACAUCCAGUACAAUAAUGAAGAUUGCUGUCCUUCUUGUCAUUAGCUGCUUCAUUGCUGCUGCUUACAGUGAGAGUCUAAAAGCUCCACAGAUUGAAGAUGAUGAUGCUGAUUUGGCCUUAAUGGAUACUGAGGUUGAACCAAGCUAUGGUGAAAUGAUGGAAAAUGAAGAUGAAAAUGCCGAAGUUGAAGGCCGCCGCCGAUGGUUUUAUGCUGAUUAUUGUAGAUGCUAUUACCGUCGUCAACGUUGCCGCUUUCCUGAUAAUCAGGUCAUCUGCAGAGCACCUCAUCGUAGAAGAGCCUGCCGUUGCCGUAGGACGCGUUAAACUAGCAGUAAAUGCUUGCCUGCUAAUGGACUGGACUUAUAAUAUUGAACUCAUAGUUAUUAAGCUGCUUUAGGCCUUUUUUGCUUUAAUAAUGACAUAUUUUCAGGCCAUUUUUUGCUAAACUGAA